AUGAAGUCCAGUGAAGCUUCCGGAGUCAAGGAGGCCCGAAAAGGUCUUAUUUUGUACGUGUUGGUGUUCGUGUUGUCCUUGGGGCUUCCAUUGUACUUUGGGACCACCACAGUACAUCGUGCCGAUUUGCCAAUUGAUGAAAUCAACACUCUAUCGGACCACUUGUUCGACAAGAUAGGUAUAAAUAUACCCGUAUACAUUACCUCUGAAUAUGAAGCAGUGUCUGACUCAUUCUUGGAUCGGUUAAAUGGAGAUAUCAGGUCAGAGUUGACGGCUAAACAUCCCGUGUUGAAUAACCUUUGGAGUCUCAACUUGAAACUCGAUGCUCCAGAUUCUGAUUCAGAGGGCUACAGGGUGAACAUCAAGAAGAAAACUGGCGACGAAAAGUUUCAUAUUCAUGCCGAUAAAAAGGAAAUUGACAUACAUUCGACAGACUUGGAAUCGAGUGCUGAAAUCGUUGAAGACGUUUUGCUUGGGGAAGUAUUCCAAUCUGAGAUAGAAGAGGUCAGCAGAAUCGUCUCUGGAAGCGGAAAAAGUGCUCAUACUGCUCUUCCACAUUCAGACGUGACUAAUAUCGUAUUCUCUUUAUUGGUUGAGGAUGGAAAACCCGUUGCAUGGGAAGUUGAAAACGUGAUAAAAAGAUUUGAUUCAGUACUCAAAAGUUUGGGUCAUAUUACAGAAUUUCAAGUCAGCACCCAGAUCCAGUACUAUUCAUCAUUAACGCAUAAACCGUUGUCCCUUAUCAACGACCAAACCAAGUAUAUCAUUGCUGAAGAUGAUCUCUCAACCUUCAUUAAUUAUGGUGAUUGGAAUAUCAACAACUACGAUGUUCAUCCUACUAUCAAUUUUUUGAUUUAUUUCCCCACUUGCAAUUACGAGAAUAAGCGUCUCUUGGUGCAGAACUCGGUGACAAACAGUUUCUUGGUUCCUCAAUGGGGAGGUGUUCACAUUUUUAACAAGAACUUCCCCAUUUUGAGAAGGGAAGACCCAAUCACAAUUACCGAGUCAGAACUCGCACCAGUGUUUGAAAUCUUUACCGUGCAGCUUUUAAGGUUAUUGGGAGCUCCUGAAAAGCCACACGCUCCAGUUAUCAACAUUGAUGUCCUCACACGGCUUACUACGUUACAAAACUUGAAACGAUCAUUAGAGAACUUGAAAUCACUUGUUAAAGUUACGGACUCAUUAAGUGAGAUCUCCAUUCCUGACCAAACAAAACAUUACGUUGCAGAAUGUAUCACCGAAAUAGAGCGAGCAAUUGAAAACGCUAAUGCCAAUCUUAAUGAAAUAGCCGUCGAGGCGUCUACAAGGGCAUUGUUACUUUCUGAUUCAGCAUUUUUUGACAAAGAGAUGGUGCAACAGGCAUACUUCCCAAGCGAGCAUAAAUUGGCGGUUUUUCUCCCAUUGUUGGGACCAGUUGCAUCAAUAAUCUUCUUGAGUCUUGUUAGGCUUUUUAAAGAUUGGAAACAACAACGGAAAACGAAUAAAAAAGAGACCUAG